UGGGGCCAGAAGUUUCUAGCCGGCCAGUUGCUACCUCCCUUUAUCUCCUCCUUCCCCUUUGGCAGCGAGGAGGCUAUUUCCAGACACUUCCAGCCCUCUCCGGCCACGUCACCCCCUCCUUUAAUUCAUAAAGGUGCCCGGCGCCGGCUUCCCGGACACGUCGGCGGCACUCCCGACUCUCUGCUCCGGCCGCGGCCAGCGAGCGACCCUACACCUGGAGGUCCGGCACCCCGCGACCCCGUGACCCAGCACCCCGCGACCCGGCACCCUGCAACCUAGCACCCCGGCGGCCGCCCCUCCGGGCCGACCCCGACCCAGCAUGAGCGCAGCCACCCACUCUCCCAUGGUGCAGAUGGCGUCCGGCAACGGCGCCGGCGACCGCGACCCCCUGCCCCCUGGCUGGGAGAUCAAGAUCGACCCGCAGACCGGCUGGCCCUUCUUCGUGGACCACAACAACCGCACCACGACGUGGAACGACCCGCGCGUGCCCCCCGAGGGCCCCAAGGAAACUGCAUCCUCUGCAAAUGGGCCUUCGCGGGAGGGCCCCAGGCUGCUGCCCACUAGAGAAGGUCAUGCCGUGUACCCCCAGCUCCGGCCAGGCUACAUUCCCAUCCCCGUCCUCCAUGAAGGUGCCCCGAGCCGGCCGCACCCUGUCUUUGCAUACUCCCAGCCUGGGACGCAGCGCUUCCAAACCGAGGCGGCUGCAGCGGCUCCCCCGAGAUCCCAGUCGCCCCUGCGGGGUGUGGCGGAAGCCAGCCAGCCAGAUAAACCGAGUGCACCGGCUGCAGCUGCUGCAGCGGGCCAGCCUCCAGCCUCCCAUGGACCCGAGCGGUCCCAGUCUCCAGCGGCCUCAGACUGCUCCUCGUCCUCCUCCUCAGCCAGCCUGCCUGCCUCCGCCGCUGGCAGGAGCAGCCUGGGUGGUCACCAGCUCCCCCGGGGCUACAUUUCCAUCCCUGUGAUACACGAGCAGAAUGUCACCCGGCCAGCAGCCCAGCCAUCCUUCCACCAAGCCCAGAAGACGCACUACCCAGCUCAGCAGGGCGAGUACCAGACGCACCAGCCUGUGUACCACAAGAUCCAGGGGGAUGACUGGGAGCCCCGGACCACGUGGACCGCAUCCCCCUUCCGGCCUCCUGUCCGGAGUGCGUCCAGCCGGGAGGGCUCUCCAGCCAGAAGCAGCACACCAGUGCCACCCCCGCCAUCUGUCCGUGUGCAGACCACGGUCGACAGGCCUCAGCCCAUGACCCAUCGAGAACCUUCGCCUGUUCCUCAACCUGAAAACAAGCCAGAAAGCAGGCCAGGCCCAACUGGACCAGAUCUCCCUCCCGGACACAUCCCGAUCCAAGUGAUCCGAAAGGAGGUGGAUGCUCAACCUGUUUCACAGAAGCCCCCGCCUCCCUCUGAGAAGGUGGAAAUAAAGGUUCCUUCCGCUCCGGUGCCUUGUCCUCCUAGCCCCGCCCCUCCUACCAUCCCCUCUGCCGUCCCCUCUGCUGUCCCUUCUGCCGUCCCCUCUUCCCCCAAGAAUGUGGCUGCAGAAGAGAGAGCAGCCCCCAGUCCUGCCCCUGCAGAAGCUGCACCCCCUAAACCAGGAGAGGCUGAAGUGCCCCCAAAGCAUCCAGGUGUGCUGAAAGUAGAAGCCAUCCUGGAGAAAGUACAAGGGCUGGAACAGGCUGUGGACAACUUUGAAGGCAAGAAGACGGACAAAAAGUACCUGAUGAUAGAAGAGUAUCUGACCAAAGAGCUACUGGCCCUGGAUUCGGUAGACCCAGAAGGACGAGCUGAUGUCCGCCAGGCCAGGAGAGAUGGGGUCAGGAAGGUUCAGACCAUCUUGGAAAAACUUGAACAGAAAGCAAUAGAUGUCCCAGGUCAAGUCCAGGUUUACGAACUCCAGCCCAGCUCGCUUGAGACCGAUCAGCCACUACAGGAGAUCAUGGAGAUGGCUGCAGACAAGAGCAAGAAGAGUGCUGGAGAUGGAGAAGACCCCAAAACUGAAACCCAGCCGCCGGAAGCCAAAGCAGCAGCAACUCCAAACCCCAUCAGCACAACAGACACAACUGCUAACCCGGCAGCACCGUAGUCUCUACAAAGUGAAGAGUCAGCCCUGGAGACUGGGAACUGAUUGUGUGCUUUAGGGAAUUAUAAGUUGCAUGCAUUUCAGGGACUUAAAAUCAGUUGGUUUUUACUCUUCAUAGCCGCUUGGUACGCAGUAACUUGGGUGGAGGCAAGACACACUAAUAAAAGGGCUAAAAAGGAAAAUGAUGCUUUUCUUGUGUUCGUAUUCCGUACAAAUAAAGAAGUUGCUUGUUACAAGUUUAAUAACCCCAUAGCUUGUUUUGGAGCCUUCUCUGUAUGGGCCCCAUGUGUUAGCCAUGGAUGUGAACUAUCUUUCUAGCUCUGGAUUGAAGGAGGUUUUUUUGGCAGGGGGAGUAGAUGGGGAGUCAGUUUCUCAUCACUAAAUAUGAAGCCCGUUUUUCAGAAAUGUUGCCAUUUUAAUAGGAUGAUUUUUGUCAUCUAAUAGCUAUGAUACUUUAGAUAGAAUAAAAUGUGUAAGGAGCCAUAGAGAUAGCUGUAUGUGGAAUGACUUUAAUGCUAUGUGUAAAAAAAAGGAAAAUAAAGUAAUAAUGUAACUCAAAA